AUGAUUUUUGAUCCAAACUCAAAUUCCCUCCCCAAGAGGUCAGAGCUACCCCAAAUUGCAGGGGCUCCAAAGGGAGCAGCAUGGUUCUGGGGUGAAAAUGACGAACUGGGACGCUUGAAUAUGCUCACGCCACAGAGAAUCGCAGAAGCAUCGAAACUGAUUCACGAAGGCAAAGUCGUCAAUCUUAACUGGCCUGCGCAUUUGCCAAAUCCGCCAUUGUUUGGUCGUGAGCCGUUUCACCACGAGAUAAAGUCGCUGGGACCACCAGGGAAUGACGAAAUUCUGCAUUUCAACUCGCAAAGUGGAUCUCAGUGGGAUGGCUUCCGGCAUGUCAGCGUUGAGCAUAAUGGCCAGUGGCUUUAUUACAACAAUACUACACAAGAAGACAUCAAGAAUAGCUCCCGCAUCGGCGUGCAGGCGUGGUGUAAGAGUGGCAUCAUUGGGAGAGGUGUGCUCUUGGACUACUGGCGUCAUGUCAAAGGCAGUUAUGACCCGAAUAGCAGACACCCAAUUUCUGCGACAGAACUUGAAGCCUGCGCCAAAUCCCACGGAAUCGAGCUGAGAUAUGGGGACAUACUACUGAUCAGAACAGGUUGGAUCGAAUCGUAUGAGCGAAUGACUCCCGAGCAGAGACUGAAGCUGACGCAAGUGCCGAAAUACGGUCAUACCCUAGUCGGAGUUGAUCAAUCAGAGGAAAUGGCCGACUUUCUACACGACAACUACUUUAGCGUCGUGGCUUCGGAUGCACCUGCGUUUGAAGUAUGGCCACAACGUCCAGAGUGGAAUCACCAUGUCAACCUUCUCCCAUUGUGGGGUCUUCCCAUUGGAGAACUCUGGGACAUGGAGGCGCUGGCGAAUACGUGCCAAGAACGUGGGCAGUACGAGUUCUUCUUUGCCAGUAUGCCAAUGAACAUAGAGGGUUCGGUUGGCAGUUAUUCAAAUGCCAUGGCGAUAUUCUGA